AUGCAAAACAACAAAAGAAAACAAGUUUCUUCUGACUUAGCUUCUAAUACUUCGAAAAUUAGAAAGUACGUUACUUCAGACGGCUGCAAGCUGAAUAUUCGUGACAAAUAUUGGGGUAUGCUCAUUCCUAUUAACGAAGAAACAAGUGAUCGAAUCGGUUCUAUUUAUCUCGAGGCGGAAUAUCAAACAUUCGGAAAGAACGAAACCCGCAAUGGUUACCAACAUAUGCCAAGCGAUUUUGAACUUCAUUGCAUGUUAUCUAAGAACGAACACGGAAUGAAGAUCACAAAAAUAUGUGGAAACGUAACUUACAUCAAUCCGAAAGGAGAAGAUUUAAUUUUAAAUAAUGCUGGUGAUAAUACCGUCAUUGUUGAAGGCUGCCUAUUCCUAAUACACCUUAAUGAAUUUACUGCAAAAUUUAAAUUUCUUCUUUGGGAAUGUCACUGUGGAAGCGUUUUGUUAUAUGACAAAGAUGAUGAAAUCACUAUUAAAGGUCAGGAUGAAGAAGAAAUAACAAACAAAGAUAUUAAUUUACAAUGUGCAGUUCAUAAGUACGCGAUAAUUCGUCAAUUAGGGCAGGGCGGGUUUGGCUCAGUUUUUAAAGUUCGAAACCAAGAAAACAAUGAAAUUUGUGCUUUGAAGUGUUCUUGGAAAUAUUCCCUUGCUCGGGAGUAUUAUAUGUUUAAAAUAAUAAAAGAAAUUCCAAAUGUCUUACAAAUUUUUGGCGGUUUUAAUUACGAAUACACCCAAAAAAGCUUUUUAAUAAUGGAAUGGAUCAAAGAUGGAACUUUAUAUGAUCUUAUUAAAAGUGAACACAGGUUUACCAAGGAGGAAUUAGUUUCCCUUGCAAAGAAUAUGAGUGUCACAUUAAAUGAAUUUCAUGAAAAAGGACUUGUAUAUAGGGAUUUAAAACCAGCCAAUAUUCUAGUAGAUUUAUCGGUAACUCCCUUUAAUAUAAUCCUAUGUGACUUUGGACUUUGCAAGGAGGCCGAAAAAAUUAUGCCAGGGAGACCUGGUGGAACGAAAGCUUAUUUUUCUCCAGAGAUAAUAAAUAAAUAUGGCAAACAAACCAAAUUCCAUGACUAUUUCUCCUUAGGAAUAGUAUUAUUAGAAUGCAUUAUGCAGAAUAAAUUUUAUGGUAAUGAUAAAGUUUUUCAGGAUGCUUCUGCAAUAAGGCAAAAACAAAUUAUUGAAAAGACUUGUGCUCAGUAUUUUGAAAGGAAACAUUCAUGGACAAAGGAAAUAAAUGAUGAAGUUUAUAACAUUAUUGGAGAUAUGAUAAGAAUAUCACCGGAAGAAAGAAAGCUAUUUAUACCGAAUGCUUAG